UCGAGCAGGAUCUUUAUUUCCUGGUCGUUCCCAGUUGCAAUUCGGCUGCCUGCCUCCGUAUUCAGGAGCAGCUCGUGUCGUUACCUCGUAGUGGAGAGCUCCAGCACGCUUCUUAUGGAGCCCAGGUGCGCGCGCCAUGGGACUGACUCCUGCGCCGUGCUCGUGGAUGAGAUUGGGAGUUUCCCCGUUUGGCAGGACCUAUCGUCAUCAUCACUGUGGCAGUGCAACGCACUGUGCAACGGAUUAUGCUUGACAUGGGACAGCGCUUCCGCCCUAGCCUGGUGGAGCCGAAACUUCCUCAGGCAGCCCUGCUCGCUGCAGGAUGAUGAGGGGAAGCCCUCAUCGUCCAACCAGGGAGCAAGGCUGGAUUGA